UGUCCCUCGGACACAGCGGAUCACCGAUCCAUGGAAAAAGCCAAAGAUGUUGGCUCGGUCAUGUGAUCAGCUGUGUCCAAUCACAGCUGAUCACAUGGGACAUGUACACAGAUCAUCAUAGCACCCCAGCAACGCCACCUGUCAGUGUCCAUCAGUGCCAGCUCUCAGUGCUCAUCCAUGCCACCUGCCAGUGCCCAUCAGUGCUGCAUCAGUGCCACAUUUCAGUUCCCAUCUGAGCUGCCUUUCAGUGUCACCCAUCAGUGCCACCUAUCAGUGCUGCCAAUCAGUGCCACCUAUCAGUGCCAGUCAGUGCCGCCUAUCAGUGUGCAUCAGUGCCGCCUAUCAGUGCCCGUCAGU